GGCCGCGGACCGGGAGGUGUCCGACUCCUCCCCUUCAGGUUCGCGUGUGGUAGGCCUGGAUGUUACCGGAGGGGCGGUCCUUCCUCCGGCCGCGGUGCGAGCUAGUAAAUGGUGAAGUACUUCCCAGACAGGAGGCACCUGGGGCCGUGCGAUCUUGGUGGAGUGGAGUCGGAGAGGGUCCCGACCUGCGGUGAACCCAGCCUCGCGUGCGGAGUCUGCCUUCAGGUCUGGCGGGCGGCAAGGAAAACGCAGUGGCGCCCGUGUAGGCGAGGCACGGCCGGGGGUGGCUCCCUGACGGGUCCUGCGGCCCAGGACCUGGGAACGGAACGCCGGGAGCCCUUGCCACCUCCCUUCACCCACGUGCCGUCCUGUCCCUGACCGGAGCGGGGAGUUGGGGCGCACCAAGUCCCCAACCCCCAUUUCAGUCUAGAUCUUGGGGUUUACACCUUCAUGUGAGGUGAUUCCUAAGCAGCCAGGACCCGAGGCUGUAAAAGGGCUGCAGGAAAUGGACUGCAGUGUAAAACCCAGAAGCAGAACUUGAACGUUUAACCACUGACCCAUUUCACAGAAUGUUUUAUGCAUUUAUGAACCAAAAGAUGGAAUUGGUUUUUAUUUUUAUAAAGGUAUUGUCAGUGAUCUGAUACAACUAUAAAUAUUUGAUUGAAGAUUCGUGGACAUGUCAUUAUGUUGGACUAGUCAUUUCUGAAAGUUUCUUCAACCAAAAUUUCUAUUUGAACACUCAAGUAUCAAAGAAUUCUGGGUUUAGAAUGCCACAAUGAUGUACUUUCUCUGAGGACUGCAAAUUUCAUAGAGACCACAGUUGGAUUCCAGUUACAUUCUCCAAUCAAAGUAAUUCAAUCCUUUGAUAAAAUUAAUUUUGAAGAGUUUUAUCUUUAUAAACGACGCCAAAAGAUGGGAGAAAAAAAUGGGGAUGCAAAAACUUUCUGGAUGGAACUGGAGGAUGAUGGAAAAGUGGACAUCAUAUUUGAGCAAGUGCAAAAUGUGCUGCAGUCACUGAAGCAGAAGAUCAAAGAUGGGUCUGCCACAAAUAAAGAGUACAUUCAAGCAAUGAUUCUAGUGAAUGAAGCAACUAUAAAUAACAAUUUAACAUUGAUAAAAGAUCAUAAAUCUUUGACUGAGAAUGAACAGGAAAACAAAUCAGGUUCAUUGCCAUCUACAUCAUAUGAAGACUUUGUUCCAGAAGACAGUACAGUUCUAUCUAUAAAAAAUGAGGAAUUUCCCCCUCUGGAAAAUAAAGCUGCAGACUUUAGAGAAAAAGAAUCAUCUUUGAAUUUAUCUUACAAAAGUCAUGACUGCUCUAGUACCUGUCUGAUGAAAAUGCUACUAACCUUCAAGGGAGAAAACCCUCUGCAGCUACCAAUUACGUGCCACUUCCAAAGACGACAUGCAAAGACAAACUCUCAUUCUUCAGCGCUCCACGUGAGUUAUAAAACCCCUUGUGGAAGGAGUCUACGAAACAUGGAGGAAGUUUUUCGUUACCUGCUUGAGACAGAGUGUAACUUUUUAUUUACAGAUAACUUUUCCUUUAAUACCUAUGUUCAGUUGACUCGGAAUUACCCAAAGCAAGAAGAAAUUGUUUCUGUUCUGGAUAUUAGCAAUGGAGUGGAAUUGGUGCCCAUUUCUUUCUGUAAUGAAAUUGACAGUAGAAAGCUUCCACACUUUAAGUACAGAAAGACUAUGUGGCCACGAGCAUAUUAUCUAAACAGCUUUUCCAACAUGUUUACUGAUUCAUGUGACUGUUCUGAGGGCUGCAUAGACAUAACAAAAUGUGCAUGUCUUCAAAUGACAGCAAGGAAUGCUGAGAUUUACUCCUUGUCAAGAGAUAAAAUAGCCGUUGGAUAUAAAUAUAAAAGACUACAGAGACAUAUACCUACUGGCAUUUAUGAAUGCAGCCUGUUGUGCAAGUGUAAUCGACAAAUGUGUCAAAACCGAGUAGUUCAGCAUGGACUUCAAGUGAGGCUACAGGUGUUCAAAACUGAGAAGAAGGGAUGGGGAGUACGCUGCCUAGAUGACAUUGACAGAGGGACAUUUGUUUGCACUUACUCAGGAAGAUUACUAAGUAGAUAUAACACUGAGAAACGUGAUACUAUUGGAGAAAAUAGAGAAGAAGACAAUAUUAUGAAAAAUACAUUUUCAAAAAAGAGGAAAAUAGAAGUUGCAGAUUGUGAAGUUGAAGCUAUCCCUUUAAAAUUGGAAACAUGUCCUAGAAGUGCUAAGAGUGAAGAAUGUCCACCUAAGUUCAAUAAUAAUCCAGAAGAGCCUGUUAUAGAAAUGAAAUAUAACAAUAUUUCAAGAAUUCAGUGUCAUUCAGUCAUUAGAACUCCAGAAGCCAAGAUAGCCAUUAUUCAACCCGAUGGGAAAAAGAUGGGAUUUGCUUCCUCAGAAUCUGUCACCUUUGAAGAUAAUGAUGGAUUUAAACCAACCCAAGUACAUCAGAGCUCUAAAGCCAAAGAGAUGAAAACGGACUCAAGCUCAAAUCAAGUUGAAGAUUCUGAAGACAAUUUGCUGAUUGACUCAGAUGUGAUAGAUAUAACUAAAGGUAGAGAAGAAACUUCAUCAGGGGGCAUAAGUAACCACGCAACCACAUUGGAUAAUCAGGAUAUUAUGAAGAAGUUUGAGGUUCAAAUGCUAAAGCCCCAAGAGGAAAACUCUCCAGCUUGUCAAAACCAUUAUGUCUUUUGUAAUAAAGAGUUGCCAGGUGAAACCAAGAAUAAUACUUCAUGUGAAUCUCUCAAGUUCAGUAAAGGAAGAGUGUUUUUAUUGGAUGCCACAAAGGAAGGAAAUGUGGGCCGCUUUCUUAAUCAUAGUUGUUGCCCAAAUCUUUUGGUACAGAACGUUUUUGUAGAAACACAUGACAGGAAUUUUCCAUUGGUGGCAUUCUUCACCAACAGGUAUGUGAAAGCAAGAACAGAAUUAACAUGGGAUUAUGGUUAUGAACCUGGAACUGUACCAGAUAAAGAAAUCCUCUGCCAAUGUGGGGUUAAUAAGUGCAGGAAAAAAAUAUUAUAAAUGUUGGAGCUAAUGCCUGUUCAUGAAAUUAGCUGUUCAAGCUGAAAUUAGAGCCAUAGAAAAGAAUGCUCAGUUGUCAGUGGAAUUUAGUUUUUGAUUCAUGAAGAAAAUUCCUCAGUCUUCUCUUGUCAGGGAGUUCAUUUGUGUGACUUAGAAAUGCUAGGAACAAAAUAAGGACAGUUUCAUACACAUAGGGUAUCUCUUGAUUCUUACCGUUAUUCAACUUUACAUGAGUAAGAUGGAAGUGUGUUUUUUCUAUGAAAUACUGCUAUAUAACUUGUAAUUUAUUUGUAAGCUAUAUAUUAAGAGAAACAAAUGUUACAAUAUAAUUAAGUUGUUUUUAAUUGUUUAUUAUUGUCUUUGAGUUCAUGGGUCCAAAUGGCCACAUUUCAUGACUUUACCUACAAAAUUUAUUUAUGUUUAAUUCCUGGCAAUAGCGUGAGGAAUAUAGCUCCAUGAAGUACUGUCGCAUUAAACCACUUGAGUGAGAAAGGGUGAGAAGCCCUUCAAUAGAGAAGAGUUUGGCAAACUCUUUGAGGUGAAACUGCUUUCCAGUAGAUUCUCGUUGUUCCUUUAAUACAAACACAGACAGGAAAAGAGGGAAUAGAAACCUA